AUGAUUAUAGAUGAAAAAAUAUGUAUACUUUUAUUAAUAUAUAUAUUGAUAGUUAAAGAAAUUAAUAGUUCCAUUUAUUUAAAAGAUAAUUUUUUAUUUAAAAAUUUGGUAAUAAAUAAGAAAAACCUCGAUUCAUCUUACUUUUAUAAUUAUGAUAAUUUGAAAUGGGAUGGAAAAAUAGUUGCUAUAGGAGAUAUACACGGGGAUAUUGAAGGUUUGAAGUUAAUUUUAAAACAUUCUAAUUUAAUAGAUGAAAAUGAUGAAUGGUGUGGAGAAAAUGUUUUAUUAAUUCAGGUAGGAGAUAUUUUAGAUAGAGGAAUAUAUGGGCCACUUAUUUAUGAUUAUUUAUUUGAUUUACAAAAAAAAGCAGUUAUAAAAAAUAGUAAAAUAAUUUUAAUAUUAGGAAAUCAUGAACAAUUAAAUUUAUGCGGUUAUUAUAAUUAUGUCAAUGAAAAAGAAACACAAUUAUUUUUUGAAAAUAAUUAUAAUUACAGAUCAUUUAGUUUUAAUAAUAAAAAUGGAAAUUACUUCAAAAAAUUAAUUAAAUUACCUUCUAUAGUAAAAGUUAACAAUGCAAUAUUUACUCAUGCAGGAAUUAGCAAAAAAAUGUCUCAAUUUAGUAUAAAUUUAAUAAAUUUAAAAAUAAGAUUACAAAUAGAAAAUAAGUGUAAGAUUCUUAAGUAUGAUAACUAUAAUUACUUAAAUCAUGAUAGUGUAUUGUGGUAUGAUGAUUUUUCUUAUAAAGUAAGACUUAAUCAUCAUGAGGGAUGUUCUGAAUUAUUUCAAAUUUUAAAAAAGUAUAAUUCAAGUUAUUUAGUUGUUGGUCAUACAAAACAAGUAUCACAUAAAAUUGGUUCUUUUUGUGAUAACAAAUAUUUUCUAAUUGAUACAGGAAUGAGUUUAUUCAUGAAUAAUGGUAUAUCUCAUCCAAGUUAUCUUCUUAUUGAACAAAACAAAUUUAAAUCUAUUCAUUUAUUUAUAGAAUAUAGAAAUAAAAAAAAAUGUUCUAGAGAGAUUCAUUUACAUAAUCCUUAUAAUAAAAAACUUUGUAUAUAUUCAAAACAAAUAGAUUUUUAA